CCUUGCUCGAUCCGUCCAUGGAGGAUCCAGCAGCACCACAACACUGUACAGUCUGCCAGAGCUCCGCCUCCCCCUCCAUUGCCAGAGCUUGAUCGAGUGAUCGGUCGGGCCGGUAGAUCGAUGGGGUUCCUGGAGGCCCUGUCGGGGCUGUGCCGGUCGUGCCCGGCCCCCCUCACGCGCGGCCACCUGCAGAAGGGGCGGCAGCUGGAGACGGUGGAGAUGAAGGUCCGGAUCGACUGCGAGGGGUGCGUGAGCAAGAUCCGCAAGACGCUGGAGGGGAUGGACGGCGUCACCGGCGUCGACGUCGUCCCCAGGGAGAACAGGGUGACCGUCACCGGCUACGUCGACGCCGCCAAGGUGAUGCGCCGCGUCGCGCGCAAGACCGGCAAGCGCGUCGAGCCGUGGCCCUACGUGCCCUACGACGUCGUCGCGCACCCCUACGCGCCCGGCGCCUACGACAAGAGGGCGCCCGCCGGGUACGUCCGCGACGUCAUGGCCAACCCCGGCGGCGCGAACGCGUCCUUCGCGCGCGCCACCUCCACCGAGACUAGGUACACCGGGGCCUUCUCCGACGAGAACCCCAACGCGGCGUGCGCGAUCAUGUAGCUCCUCACUAGGUCGAUCGAUCUCCUCCCGUUCCAUUUGGUAACUCCUAGUAAUACCUAGGUAGUAACUGCUACGUAUGUAUGUAUAUUUGGGUUACACUUUUUCCUCGGAGGAGCUGCAUGGCUGCUCCGGGUUGGUUCAGGCGGCAGGCUGGCCGUCCUGCCGUCGUUCCCGUCGCAGAUGCUUCAGGCUGCCCCGCCGUCGCCGUGCUGGGGCCGGUCAAGCUCUUCGACCACUGAUGAGGUACGUGGCAAUAAACUCCAUGACCCGGAUCUAGGUCUGGUCGUUGGUCUUGUUCCCAUUCUGCUCCGCUGCAAGGUUGAUCGAUCUGGAAUGAUCUUGUGCUUCUGGGCAUUACGCCGGGAAUGAUCCUCGAUCGGCGUCCUGUUGACUCGGUGUUCGCAUUUCUCCAAUGUCAUGUGCAGUUGCUGCAGUGUCCAUGGGCCACCAAUUUUUAACCUCCAGGCUCUAAGAAAGCCCUGGAGGCCACCUAAGAUCACGCCGUUGCGCAAUGCCAGCAAAGGAGUACUGAUCUUGCCCGGCGAGGUCGGGUCUUUGUGAUUGAAUAAAUUAUUAGUGGAUUUAGCUUCUUCCAUCUUUCAGCUUCAGUUACUGUUUCCAGAAUAGACUUUGUAAUUUCCUUUCUUUACAAGAACCGUAAGUAGUGAUCUAUGUAACAAUUCUACACAAGCAAUUUAGUGCGUAAUUUUUAGGAACAA